AUGGUUUGGCUUUUGCUUGUUGCUGCUGAUGCUCCAUCUGAUGAUGAGUCACUGUGUGAUGCGAGGCCUGAAAAUGGCCAACAUUGGGGAGGGGUGACGGGAAGAAAGAUACGGAGAUCACAUUAUGACAGGACCAUCGGUAACUCUUAUAGCUAUCGUGUCGCUUGUGGACAAAGCAAGCUGAGUAAUGUGACCAGUAUAUUGGUAAGCCAAGGAAAGCCUUCAGAAGACAUGAGUUCAUUCAUCACUUCUGUUCCGUCCACUUCCGCUAUAUAA